CCCUUCCCCCCUCUUCCCCUCCCUCCCAAGCGUCACUGUGCUGGACGUCAUGAGCAUAGUAAUCGCUCUAGGAGUCACCACACCUGAAACGUCUUACACAGAAAUGGCUGCUGGAUCAGACCCUGAAUCUGUUGAAGCAAGCCCUGCCGUAAAUGAGAAAAACUUUAACAACCACAGUUGUGGAAGUGCACAAAGUCAUGGGUAUCGGGGACUACCAUAUGCUAAGCAACAGUCUUCCGUUGUGUGUUGUCAGGAUCACAACUAUGGUGCACCCCCUCCUCCCACCCCACCCGCUUCCCCCCUCGCUCAAACCAUCAUUCGUCGAAUGGAUCUCAAUGGCGUGGUACGCAGUUCCCGCUAUUUCCAAACUACAGAGGACAACUCAGCAGACAGUGAUAGCUCCUCAGAGGAGGAUGGGGCUAUAGCCAACUGGUGUCACUGCACCCUGAUGCCAGACGGCUUGCUUAUCAAAUGUGACAACUGCAGAGGACUUAACGGGAGGAAAGGAACAGAUGGCCAGCACAGGAAAAAUGAAAAUGUCUCAGCUGGAGAGAGCAGUGCUACAGAGAGUGGUGAUGAAGAAGUGUCACCUUCCACCAUCUCUUACACUGCCACCCAGCAUACACCUACCAGCAUCAAACUUACUGUCAACAGAGUUAAAAGAAGUAAAUCGAAAAAGAGGAAAAAGAGUACGGAAAAAGCCAGUGGAACACCAAAGGGCAAGAAAGUCAAAGCUUUUAGAGAGGGUUCACGGAAGUCGAUGAGGAUGAAGAACUUGACAACAGAGGCCAGUGUGCUGGACGAGAACACAACAGAGGGAUGGGAGAGUAGAAUCCGCCAGUGGACAGAACAAUAUGAGGAGGCUUUGGCCAACCAGUAUAGCUCUGACAUCCAGACUUUGCUCCAGCUUCACCACACUGCCAGAACUACUGUUGGAAACACAGAAAGUGGACGUACGAGUCUUCCAUCCACUUCACCGACAUCCGUUGACGCCAUGGACACUAUCAACCGCACCGAGCUGGCCUGUAACAACACUGUGCUCGGCUCGCAGAUGCAGCUGCAGUUAGGACGUGUAACGCGUGUGCAGAAACACAGGAAGAUCCUUCGUGCCGCCAAGAACCUUGAUCCUGACAUCCUCAUUAUUGAGUAUAGAGGGAAGGUCAUGCUCAAGCAACAGUUUGAAGUCAACGGGCAUUUCUUUAAAAAGCCCUACCCUUUUGUACUCUUUUACUCCAAAUUUAAUGAUGUUGAGAUGUGUGUGGAUGCAAGGACCUUUGGAAAUGACGCACGCUUUAUUAGAAGGUCCUGCACACCCAACGCUGAGGUGCGACAUAUGAUUGCUGAGGGUAUGAUACAUCUGUGUAUCUAUGCUACUAGUCAAAUCACAAAGGACACUGAGGUCACUAUUGGAUUUGAUUAUGAGUUCAACAGCUGUAAUUACAAGGUGGACUGCGCUUGCCAUAAGGGGAACCAGAAUUGUCCUGUGCAGAAACACAACAUGAGCCCCAGGGAGAGCUUGCCGAGUACCCCCACAGUACCACCGCCCUCUCCUUUGAUUGGUGCUGAGACCCGGCAGAGAAAGGCCCGCAGAAGAGAGCUCGAGGUUUGUCCAGAGAGCAAUCAGGCUAUCCAGCACCAAGAGGCCAAAGAGCUGCAAGGAAGCAGUGAUGCAGAGGGAGCGCUGGAUGAAGUGAAGAUAGAAGAGGCUGAGGAAGGAGAGGUGGAUGAAAACGAAAUUGUCAUCCCCAAUAAAAAAACAUUGAACAGUCUGGAAAAGAGGCGGCGAAAGACGGUAGCAGAUGUAAAGGAGGAUGGUGUAGAAACAGAAGAGGGGACAAGAGCCACCCCCAUCCCCCUUAACACAGGGAUAGGCAUUAGCACACGACGUACUACCUAUGUCACGGAAGCACCGUCUAUUGAAGAAAAGUCCUCAUUACCAAAUCUGCCUCCCCCGGCUCCCCCUCCUAAACCCGCUCGCUCUUCUAAACCUCGUCCCAAGAGCCGAAUGUCUCGCUAUCGCUCCAGCUCAUCCCAACGUGCCAGGCGGCAGCGUCAAGCACUCGCCCAGCAGGCUGCUGCUGCUACAGCAGCAGCUCCUUUAGUUGAGCAGAGUGCUGGUCUUGAUGAGGAGGUUUCUCAUGGCCCAUAUGCUUCUGAGCUGGGCCAAGGGGAGAGUGGGCUGGCCACUGGUCAGCUCUUGGAUGGAGAUGGCCAGGGUCUGAACUGCAUCAACAGAGGCAACUUGCGUUACCCCAAAACCAAAAAGUACCUGGUGACCGAGUGGUUGAAUGAAAAAAUUCCUGGAGGGGAGAAGAUCCAACAAGAACUGCCUGUUGAGCGGCCACUGCGGAUAACCACCGAUCCAACGGUGCUGGCCACCACCCUCAACAUGUUGCCAGGCCUCUCGCACUCAUCUGUUAUCUGCACCACACCCCGACACUAUGUUCGCUUCGGCUCCCCUUUUAAUCCCGAGAGACGCCGGCCCCGUCCACUUCAGAUGGACGGCACUUAUGGCUGCUUUAAAAAGAGAUGGAUAAAGCAGGUGGAGGAUGAGAGCUGUUCGGCCAUUGUGGCGGAUGGCACGGAGUCCACCUCCUCCCAACAAAGCACCAGCAGUAGAUCCACCCCCAAUCCAUUGUCCAGUGAAUUGAAUGCACCUUUCAAGAAGCGCCAUGCCAAGUAUAUGACAGAGACAUUGCCGACCGCCUCUGACCACCUCCUUCGUCCACUGUCACCCAUCACGCCACCUCUUCCUGAGGACCCGCUGCUUCCACUUCUUCACAAUCCCUGUAGCUCUUUAUCGAAUGGACUUGCAUAUUCACCAAUGCCCUCGCUGCCAGUCAGCCGUUGCAACACACCACUACAAUUUGAAAAUAUAUCAUCCCCCGAGGCAUCGCCUGUUCACCGACCAGAGUCCAUUUCUCCUGAGCCAUAUCUUCAGCCAGACUUCGACAUCCCUCGGACCCAGUUCCCAGAUCUUUCCCUAUCCUCAAGCUUAGAGAGCCCCAUGGCUGUAGCCUCAGAUGACUUUCCCAUUCCUGGAGCCUCUUUAGGCAGUGAUUGCCAAGACACUUCAUCUGUUGGGAUCAGUUCCUUAAAGCCAGUGUCAAGUUCAACCUCAGAUCGAACCCUCCAAACUAGGGAACAGGCCUUCAGGACAGAGUUCAACCUCAUAUACACUUGCUCACCACUCAAUGCAAACCUGGGAAAUACUGUGGCCACUGACCGACGCGUCUCUCUAUCGGAAGGAGGUUUCUCCCCUGCGGAGUCUUUACAUAAUUCUUUGAGUGGCCAGGGGCUGUUUGGGGACGUAGGGCCCGACUGUAUGUCGCUAUACAGUGAUCUUCAUUAUGGUGGCGGCUACCCAGAAAGUAGCACAUCUCCUCACACCAACAACCCACCACAAAAAAAGAAGAGGGCCAACCAGCAUACCAUUAGUCUGCUGACAGGGAAGCCAGAUUACCAGGCUAUAGCUGUAAGAAGUGAAUACAAGACAAUACAAAAUAUGGUGUCAUUGCUGGAGUACCGUAAGAGGAAGCAAGUUAGCAACCGUGAUCCCGAGCCAUCCAGCUGCGGUUCAUCCCUGGGUAGCACCCCAACUGGAGCCGGCUCUCACCACAUCCAGGAGACCCACCAUUCCCGCUACUUGAUGCAUCCCAUUGCUUCUCCGCACAACUGCACGCCUUCAUCAGGACACAGCGGUUCCAUCCCUCAGAUCGAGGCUGUCAGUCCUCCAGACCACCACAGCUCAUGUGUGCAAGCGAAACACCCAGAUAGGACCACACAGUGGAUGGUCCCCACCAGUGUUGAACGUCUACGUGAAGGUCAAGGGGCAUUGGAACGUGUGCUGAGAAGCAUGAAGAUGGAGCAGAUGCUCAAGAGGAGCAAUAGUUCAACAGAAAAAGAAUCUGAUGCAGAUCAGUAUGACAUGCAGUCAGUGACCAUUCCUUCGCCAAUGAAGAGUCCACCGCACAGAUACAGUCCAUCUCUAUUUUCACAUCAGUCAUCAGACGGACACCCGCAGACCGCUAGUCCCUCGUUGCUUCAGCAAACGGCCACAUCCCCCUUUGGAAGUUGCUCUAGCCCCACGUCAGGCAAGAGCUACUACUACUCCUCCUCCCACACCGGCCCAUCUCAGGACCACCCUCCAUCCUCCUAUCCCUCGCAUACCCCAGCAACCUCAUCAGACUCCAAGCUGCCAGGAGACUUGCUCCACCUGCAAAGCGGCAACAGUGAGGCGGAUGAUCACCUCAGUUGCAGCAACCACCAAAAAGUGGGCCGUUUGAACAGGAGCAGCCUGUUGGGGUCUCCUACCCCGGGACUGUGGGCCCAUGGGCCGACAAACACAGACAUGAGCUUGACAGCAUCCAGGGGGAAUCAACAGCAGGUUUCUCGAAACCUCAAGUCAGGCAGCCCGAGCUCAAGGCUGCUGUCGGCCUCUGGACCAACAAACUUCUCACAGCAAGGGACGAGCAUCAGUCAGUUCCAGCGCUCUCCACUACAGGGCCCCGGUGUACGGACACAGUCGGGAAGCUUUUAGGACCUUGUAUGUACCAGCUUGUACAAAUCUGUGCGGCCCACUUACAGUACGCGGGUACUUUGGCUAGGAGAACUGUACAAACCUAAGUGGAGAAAAACUGAUUUACAAAUUUACAAACCGUUUUGUUUUUCAGCUUCCCCCACCCCCAACAACAACAUUACAUUGUGCACGAAACCAGUUGGCUUUGGAUGUGAUCUUGCAAUCAACAAUUUGAAUGGCGCGCUGAAAAUACGAAAUCAUUUAACUUGAAAUAGUCCCUAGUGUUUUCUUGUACUGAAUUUAGCAAAUGAAAAUUGACAAAGUUCCACACAAAUGUCUGUACAAAAUGAUUAAAAGCCCACCUGUCAUUCUACCUUGCUCAGUUGAUUACUUGAGAGGCUCACAUAACAGAAAGAGUUGUUUGAAAUUAUUUUCGUUUUUGUGAAUACGAAUCUUAUUUGGCAAACGGCUGCAUCUCUGCUGCAGUACUGAAGUGUUGGUAUGGGAAAAGGAGACUCAUGUAUUAACGCUGUCAGGAAUAGGAUUCCUGGAUCGGGUCGUUCCUCAUUAUUAUCAGCUUCGGUUGUGAUAGCCCAGAAAAUCAUU